AUGAAUAUCUUACCCAAGAAGGACUGGCACGUCCGGAACAAGGACAAUGUCGCCCGCGUGCGGCGAGACGAGGCCCAAGCCCGGGAGGAGGAGAAAGAGCGGGAGCGGAGGGCACUGCUCGCUCAGCAAGAAGCCAGCACAGAAUUCCUGCGGAAGAAAGCCAGGUAUCAGAACUCACUACCUGCUCUCAAAGCAGCAGAGGCAGCAGCCCCAAGCAGCUCUGGCCCUGUGGAUCUAUUUUGGGAGCUGCUGGAAGAAGGGAAGGGGGUGACCAGAGGCAAUAAAGAGUACGAGGAAGAGAAGGGACAAGAGAAAGAGAGACAAGAGAAAGCUCUGGGCAUCCUGACGUACCUGGGCCAGAGUGCAGCGGAAGCCCAGACUCAGCCCCCUUGGUACCAGCUUCCCCCAAGGCGGGGCAGCCCCCCUUCUGGUCCAGGACCAGAUGAGAAGAUCAAGAACCGUCUGGACCCUCUGCGGGAGAUGCAGAAGCAUUUGGGGAAGAGAAAGCAUAGUGGUGAUGACGGAAGUCACAGCAGAAAGGAAAAGAAGGAGGGGUUUGAGAAACAACGACCCAAAGAAGCCCCAUCCCUGGAGCAGCUUCGAGCUGAACGUCACCGGCGGGAAGCAGCCGAGAGGGCUCGGGCAGAGGCCCUGCUGGCCCGGGUCGGAGGCACAGCAGCCCAGGAGGACCAGCCAGAAGAGACGGAUGACUGGCGGAGGUGGUACAACUCCCAGUUCAACCCCUAGCUGGCCCGGCGUCCCCACCGGCAGGAGA